GCUUCCACCUGGGCCAGUGGGCUUCAGUCUGUAGUGACUGCAGAAGGAGGAGCAGCUCCUUUUGUGCUCUCUUCAGGUAGUUGUAUCUCUCAGCGCUUGUUGGGUUUCCCAACCUAUUAAAUUAGCCAUCUGUUUUUGACCCUCCCAGACAAGUCAACUCAGGAGAGGCAGCAGGGUGCGGGCCUUGGCCCGAGCCCCGGCUGGGGCCGGGCUGUGGGGUGGCCAGGUGAGCCGCCGGCAAGACCAUCUCUGAAAGUGCGGCAUAGCCUCGGCCUAGGGCAGCAGGAGUGCCUGGCCAUCACUGUGAGCGGAGGCACAGGUGGCAGCAGACAGGAGUAGAGGCGCCCCAUGGGGAACAUACUGAGCUGCUGUGUAUGCCCCAAGGUCUGCCAAGAGUCGGACCAGGAUGAGGGGUCAGGGUGUCCUCCUGAGUCUAAAAUCUGUGAGGCAGCAGCUGAGGACACGGCAGCAGCUGAGGACACGGCAGCAGCUGAGGACACCGCAGCAGCUGAGGACACGGCAGCAGCUGAGGACACCGCAGCAGCUGAGGACACGGCAGCAGCUGAGGACACCGCAGCAGCUGAGGACACCGCAGCAGCUGAGGACACCGCAGCAGCUGAGGACACGGCAGCAGCUGAGGACACCGCAGCAGCUGAGGACACGACAGAAGCUGAGGACACCGCAGCAGCUGAGGACACGACAGAAGCUGAGGACACGGCAGAAGCUGAGGACACGACAGCUGAGGACCUGACAGGAGCUGAGGACACCACAGCAGCUGAGGACACGACAGAGGCUGAGGACACGGCAGCAGCUGAGGACACGGCAGAGGCUGAGGACAUGACAGAGGCUGAGGACACGACAGCAGCUGAGGACACGGCAGCAGCUGAGGACACGACAGAAGCUGAGGACACGGCAGCAGCUGAGGACCCGACAGCAGCUCAGGACACGGCAGCCCCAGCGCCCACGGCUGCUGCUGUAGAACCUGCCGAGUUGACUGUUGAAGCUGGUGAGGACCGUCCUGUGCAUGACAUCUGUGAUGGGGAGAUGCCUGAAGAUAGGGCUUUGGAGUCCGACCCUUCUGAUCAUCCAGGAGCAAAGAAAUCUCAAGCAGAUGCACAAGAAAUAGGAGAAAACAGCGAUACAAACCAUCCUAUGCUGGUUCAUCCAGCCAAAUGCAAUAAGUAG